UUUCCAGAGGCAGUGAUAUCACCAAACAGAUCGUAAUUGGCACUCCUGGGACUGUCCUAGAUUGGUGUUUCAAGAGAAAGUUAAUUGAUUUGACUAAGAUUCGUGUGUUUGUCCUGGAUGAAGCGGAUGUGAUGAUUGAUACCCAAGGAUUCUCAGAUCAGAGCAUUCGUAUUCAGAGAGCUUUACCCUCCGAAUGCCAGAUGCUCCUCUUUUCAGCAACCUUUGAGGACUCUGUGUGGCGCUUUGCUAGGCAAAUCGUUCCUGACCCUAAUGUUAUCAAGUUACGCAAAGAGGAGCUGACCCUGAGCAACAUCCAACAGUAUUACAUGUUGUGUGAGAACAGGAAGGACAAGUACCAAGCUCUGUGCAACGUUUAUGGUGGCAUCACCAUCGGUCAGGCCAUUAUCUUCUGCCAGACUCGUCGAAACGCCAAGUGGCUGACCCUGGAGAUGAUGCAGGAUGGCCACCAGGUGUCUUUGUUAAGCGGGGAGCUGACCGUGGAGCAGCGAGCUUCCAUCAUUCAGAGGUUUCGUGACGGGAAAGAGAAGGUUCUUAUAACAACCAAUGUUUGUGCUCGAGGGAUUGAUGUGAAGCAGGUCACCAUUGUUGUGAACUUUGAUCUCCCUAUAAAACAAACGCAGGAGCCAGACUAUGAGACCUACCUCCACCGCAUAGGACGGACAGGACGCUUCGGGAAAAAAGGCCUUGCCUUCAACAUGAUUGAAGUGGAUAAGCUACCCCUGCUUAAGAAAAUCCAGGACCACUUUAACAGCAAUAUUAAGCAACUCGACCCCAAAGACUUGGAUGAAAUUGAAAAGAUUGAAUAUUGAAGAAAGAAUUUUAUUGUUUCUAAAAUAUCCUAGUUUAUGUGAGAACGUUCCAGUGGAGUUUGAAGGUAAUUUUUCAACAUGAAACUGUCACAGGUGACAAAAUAAGUGUUGUGCUAUCCUUAUUUUUAAGACUUAAGGUCUUUUUGAAACCAAAUUGAUGUGAAGGACAUGAUCUUUUUGAAUAAAAAAUCAAGAUUAUUUCUUAUUCUAA